CAGUCAACACGUGCGCGCUCUUUCCACAGUGGGUUCGGACACGCGAAACGUUCAAGUUCGAACUUGCGUCGGUAUCAGGCGCAAGUGAUCUCGCGAAAGCUUUCGAUUCUGGGUUUUUAAAACGUCCUGUUCCGAUAUUAUUAAGUUUUUCGAACUCGGACGGUAAACGUGUCCGGAGUCUAAGUUCUUGUUUUCUCAGCCCUAUAGGGAUAGUUAUGAUAUGAAAAUGGUUGUAUCGGCAAGGUGUGGGAUUUUAAAUAUUUUCUUGGUUCUCUUGAUGAUCGUAUUAGGAUUCGCCAUCGCCACGGACUCACAGGGUGAAGUGAUAAAGAAGUUGGGCGAAUCUUUCAUAAUUAAUUGUAAAGACAAUAGUAGCAGAUUGGUUACUUGGCGAGGACCGAAAGGUCCUUUGGGACCCAAUACAGAACCUAACGUUGGUUUUGCAUCUUACGGCCUAUCCCUGUACUUUACUAAAGUCACCAAAAGCUUCAGUGGCGUGUACACGUGCAGUUCUGAAUCUGAAAUCAUUAGAACUGUGCAUCUUAUAGUUCAAGAUCCGCUAAGUUUCGUCGACACGUCUCCAACUCAAAUCGGAGAGGAGAAGAGGGAUGUCACUUUAAGGUGUGAAGUUCAGGGCGGUGACAAUCCCACCAUAACAUGGUCAGUGAUUGGUGGCGAGCUUAAAGGACCGAAAUUUGAGGUAAUAGGCGAUGGGUUGCUUAUUCGCAACCUCUCCUGGCGGGACCCGAAAGAUUAUAUAUGCAAAGCCACACAAGAGAAUACCGGGGAAGUAAAGGCUAAAGAGAUCCGGCUCAAAGUUCUGCAUAAGCCCUAUCCCAUCCCGGAAGAGUGGCCCAACGAGGUCAAGGUUUGGGGUUAUAUUGGCGCCGUUGUAAAUCUGACCUGUGAAAGCGUCGCCGAACCCUUACCAAAAUUCGACUGGACCCAUCAAGAUGGUGCCCACCUCAUCAAGAAGUAUGGGCAUAAACAUAACUCGGAAUAUAUAUCGGUGUUGGAGGUAAAUAUAAAGCAUCCAAACGUAUUUGGAAAUUUUAAAUGUCUUGUAACAAAUCGAUAUGGAACUUUGGUGAGACAAUUUGUGUUAGAAGAGGGAACUUUACCGAAAAGCCCAGAUUUUAUAGAGCUUAAAGGAGCAAACAGCGACCUUCUGGACAUUGGGGUCCAUAAUUCAGCAUUUAACGCAACCGAUAGUAUGGCUCCUAAAUAUUAUUCCAUCAAAUUUAAAGUGGCAGGGAAACGGGAAGACUGGAAGGAGAGAAUAAUGCUUUUGAAUGCGGAAAAUAGUUAUCCACUGAGAAAUCUCGCUUCGAACACUAAAUACGAAGUUACAGCCGCUUCGAAAAAUGAUGUUGGUUACAGCGAAUAUUUAAAUAUUUCCAUAUUUACUACGUUGAGUUCAGGGACAACGAUGAAUCCGUUCAAGUUUCUUUUCUAUUACUACGCUAUCAUAAUUAUUUUUUUCUGUUGGUGAUCGUCGUCUUGUCGCUACUAAUUGGUUUGGCCGUUUUGCUGUGCGGAUACGUUACAACAAGAGGACGACCAUUCGACGGUGUAUAAAAAUCUCCAAAAAAAUGUAUAUAAAUAAUAAUUUAAAAAUCGGUGUAUUGUUAAAAUGAGGUGCUCGAGUUCUUUUGGCGCAAGCCCGCUUGUUUUUGUCAAAAAAAGUUUUUAUUUAAUUGACGUAUAUCUGUAAAUAAAAUUGUUAAUCUUUGAUAUAUUUUAUUUCGAAAAUUUUAUUACGGGUGAUCGUUUUGCUUAGCGGAGUCGUAGCGGGUAGAUUUUUAUGGUGUACACUGUAAAGGACAAGUUCGAAAUAUAAGGCUGACUAAAAUAUUAUAUAACUGUAAAAGAGUCAAUAGCGUUUAAUACUCUAAUGCUUCCUUAAGAGGACACUUUUUCAUCGUUUAGAUUUGCUGUUAUUUGACCAAUUAAGUGUACGCGUAUAAAUACUUUUUUACAAUUACAUCAUCAUUAAAAUUAGCAUUAAUUUUAUCGAUGAUGAAAUUGAAGCAAUCUUAUAUGUAUACAUAAAUGAUGUUGGACAAUGAUAAUAAUAAUAUAUGUAUAGUGUAGUUAGAUAAGCGAAGGUGUAACGAUAAAAUAACGACGUGGAUGUAAAAUUGUAGAAUGUCGUUCGUUUCUGUUUUCAACUAUCGUGUUAAAUUAAUUGAGUGAGUAUUACCAUUCGUUUAUCGCUAGUCAUCUAUAUGAAUGUUACACGAACCAAGACUUUUUUGUGAUACCCUAUUCAAAAAUAUAAUAUAUUAGAUUCUGUUGCAAAA